AUGGGGAAGAAAAAGAAAGAAAGAGAGCAGUUUUUCUUGAAGAAUGGAGGUAAGAUGUUAGAACAGAUGAUCUCAAUUUUUAACGGCAAGUGCAAUCCCAUCCGAAGCUUUUCGGAGGAAGAUCUCAUGAGGGCAACAAACAACUACGACCGGAGAAAAAUCCGGCACGAGGACUGGAAUUUCUGCAUCUAUGAAGGAACAAUUGAAUCUCGUUCUGUUUUAGUCAAGAAGUUUAAGAAAGAAAUCUCUACGCCUGGUGGUGGUGAUCCCUUGGAAUUGGUGACAAAUGAAACAGCAAUUGCGUCCAACAUGAGCAAUCACAAGAACUUCUUGAAGCUUCUGGGUUGCUGCCUGGAGACUGAAAUCCCCAUAUUAGUCUACGAAUUCGGAGAAAAUCUUUCACGGGUGUUGGUAAACAGUAGUCUGCCAUGGGAGACCAAGUUGAGAAUAGCAAACGAAAUUGCCAACGCAGUCGCGUAUGUCCAUUAUGGCACCUCCAGAGUGAUUAUCCAUAGAGACAUCAAGAUUGGUCACAUAUACCUUAACCGGGACAACAUUGCCAAACUGUCCGAGUUCCAGAUGUCUGUGCCAAUUCCCUCGGGUGAAACACAUGUGGACACACUAGUAUUUGGAACCACAGGGCAUUCAGCUCCAGAAGUUCUGACGACUGGGCGGUUAACUGAAAAGAGCGAUGUCUACAACUUUGGGGUUGUAUUGAUGGAUAUUUUGAGCGGAAAGAGUACCUGGACCUGGAUUUCAGAACUACGCGCUGAAGAUGAUUAUGAGUAUGUAGAUACAGGAUUUGCUGAUACAGUCCAACUCCUCCUGAGGAAGAGUAAUUUGAAAGAGGAGAAAGGGAGGCAAAGAAUUGAAUUUGAAGAGCUGAUACUGAAAUGUCUCAGACAAGAUCCUGAUGCAAGGCCAACUAUGCAGGAAGUUGCACAAGCAAUCAAAUCUAUCAGAAACAUGUCGUCCUAG